AAUGUUUAAACUUUAAGACGUUAAAGAAGAAGAAAAGUAUAAUCCAGCAAUUACAUAGUGUACUAGCAUAGUAAAUAUACUUCAAUAAGUUAGAUAAAAGUUUAAAAAUCAGAUAAUUCUACUAUGUUACAAUAGUAUUCAAAAACUAUUGAAAAGUUUUAGUUUGCAUUGAUAAGACUAUAAGAAGCUUAAUAUCAAGAUCAAAAUUAAGUAAUACCAAAAUAUCCUUUUGUGUUUUAAUACGCAUUCAAUGAGAUAAUGGUAUAUUUUUAGAAUAAUUUUUUUGUAGGUUCAUCUAGGAGGUCAUUAAAUAUAAUUAAAACAGAUAGAAGAUUUAAAAAAAUAUGAAUAUUAAUAAUAAUAUUACUAAACAACUAAGCCUAUACCUCAACUAAAACUCUCUGUUUAAAAAAGAAAGGGAUUUUCAACUUUAGAACAAAAAGACUCUAAAAAUAUCCCGAAGAAUUACUGUAAGGCAAUAAUCACUUAUGCUUAAAAAAAUUAACCUCUAUGCAGAGAAAUUCUUAAGGAAGAAUUAAAAGUAGCUUAAUUUAUAGAAUACUUAACAACUCAAAAGAAGAAAUUACUCAAUAUAAGAGUAUUCAAAGCAUUAUUACAAUAAUGUGAUGAUCCACUUUAAAAUGAAUUCAAUAGAACUUUUAGAAUAAUAAGGUAACUUAUUUCUAUUAAAAUAGUUAAAUCUUUAUAAAGAAAUACGCAAUUAAUUAUAUUUUUAAUUCAAAAAUUGUAUAGCAUAAUUGGCAUAUUAGAUAUAGAUAAUAAAUAUAUAAAGGAAUCAGAAAUCCAAAAAGCUUUUCACAUAUUAAGAAACUUUGA